CACAGAGUUUUCAUAUAUAAGCACGUAUCUGUAUGAUACCACUCCUCAUCUGCUUUGCUUUUGAAACAGAGCAACAUGAAAAUAGGCAUGGCGGGACAGCUGCAUGUGAUGUUUUUCUUGGUAAAUGUGUAUGUGCUCAUAGUGUUGAGUGUUGUUUCUAGUGUUGGAGCAAAAGAUUACAUCUCGGCUGUGGGUGACCCUGGAAUGAGAAGAGAUGGUUUGAGACUUGGAUUUGAAGCUUGGAACUUCUGUAAUGAAGUCGGCGAAGAAGCUCCAGGCAUGGGCAGCCCAAGAGCUGCUGAUUGUUUUGAUCUAUCCACUAAGGUCACCAAAUAUCGGAAACGCAAGAUUUCAACGCAGAGUUCUUCUCUUGAACACAAGGUGUCGGAAGCCGUUAACAAACUUGGGGUGGGCACAUCAUUUCCUGGGCUGAAACCAAUAGCUGUGAACAACACAGACCUUUAUGCAGCGGAGAAGGAAAAAUACUUGGGUUCUUUAUGCGAAGUUGAAGACACCCCAAGUCCAUGGCAGUUUUGGAUGGUUAUGCUUAAAAAUGGAAACUAUGACACAACGUCUGGUUUGUGUCCUAAAAAUGGGAAAAAGGUACCACCUUUUAAACCAGGAAGGUUUCCUUGCUUUGGACAUGGAUGUAUGAAUCAACCCAUAUUAAGCCAUCAGCCAACUCAAUUAUUGAAUGAUGGUACAAUGAAAGGAAGUUUUAGAGGUACUUAUGAUUUGGGAGCUGAUUUUAGCGGUGGACUUGAUGGGAUUUCUUUCUAUGAGGUAGCUUGGGAGAAGAAAUUAGGUGCUGGUGGUUGGGCCUUUAGACAUAAGCUCAAGACUUCCAAAAAGUAUCCAUGGUUGAUGCUCUACCUCAGAGCUGAUGCUACCCAAGGAUUCUCUGGAGGUUACCAUUACGAUACCAGAGGAAUGCUCAAGACUCUUCCAGAGUCACCUAAUUUCAAGGUCAAAUUGACUUUAGACAUCAAAAGUGGGGGAGGACCACAGAGCCAGUUCUACCUAUCAGAUAUUGGCAGCUGCUGGAAGAAUGACGGUCGUGCCUGUGAUGGAGAUGUACUAACAGAUGUAACCAGAUACAGCGAGAUGAUCAUAAACCCCGAAACUCAAGCUUGGUGCAGCCCUUCAUCUGUGACGAAUUGCCCGCCAUAUCAUAUUACUCCUAACAAUAUAAAGAUUUACCGGAAUGAUACCCACAACUUCCCAUACGGAGCUUACCAUUACUACUGUGCUCCUGGGAAUGCUCGGCAUUUGCUGGAACAAGUAGACAGAUGUGAUCCUUACAGUAAUCCUCAGGCACAGGAGAUAGUUCAGUUGUUGCCUCACCCUAUAUGGGCUGAAUAUGGCUAUCCAACUAAAAAAGGAGAGGGUUGGGUAGGCGAUGCAAGAACUUGGGAGCUUGAUGUUGGUGGUCUAUCCAAAAGAUUAUACUUCUAUCAGGAUCCAGGUAGCCAUCCUGCUAGAAGAAUAUGGACAUCAAUAGACACGGGUACCGAAAUUUUUGUUAGUAACAAAGAUGAAGUGGCAGAGUGGAUACUUAGUGACUUCGAUGUUCUUCUCACAUAGUUAAGGAUUCGAGUUUUAAGUUUUACCUUUGAAGACCAAAGUUAUAAGAGGAUAUAUCCGUAUAUGUGAUAUUUCAGAUAAAGGAGUGGGAUUGAGGCACACAAGCUCAACAAGGGCAGGGCGUCCUCAUCCUGGAAUUUUUAGUCAUUACGUUACGUUAUCCAACCCAAUUCAGGUUGUCAUUAGCAGAUCAAAGGAUCUUAUAAUUGAAAUUUUCAGUUUUCACAUUGAAAACGAAAAAAAAAAUGAUCUUUUUAAGUU